AUGCAGGAAGAGCUCCAAAAAGUGAAGGAGUAUUUGAUAAAUACAAUCUCACACCUUCAAGAGGCAGAAAAUAAAUUUUAUGCUGCAAGCUGCAGACAAGAUGGUGAUUCUCAGAACCAGACUGGUGAAAAUGCUUCUGGAGAAACAGAUGUGCAUUGUUCAGAAGGAGAAGCAACAGACUCUGUGCAAGCAUCUUCCAGUUCCAGACAGCAAUUCCAAAGAACUCCUUUUCUGAACAAGACAGAAAGUCAAAAUGUCAAUCAAACCCACAGAAGUGAAAUUAAAACUGUAAUUGCAUCCUUAGCUGAAAACAAAUCUGCUCAAGAACAAGACACCAGCAGAGAGUCUCCAAUGAAAAAGGAAGAUGGUGAACACCAACUACUGAUUGUUCUUACAGAGAAAAAAGAGUGCAGUGGAAAACUUCAUGGAGGUAGCUCUGUUACUAAAAAGCCACCAGACCUGGCUUUUCAGGAUGCUCUUACAAGCAAUGAGGAAGACAUUCUGUCUGGGACAUUGAAGGACAUUUAUGACAGAAGCACCAUGAAUUCUUUUGAACAGAAAAAAAAGGAAGUAGUCAGGGACAAUUUAAAAGAAAAAAAUAAUGAGAUUUUUAGAAAUUACCUAGGUACCUUCACUUCUUCAGCACAAACUUAUGGUAUUCCUGAUGUGAAUCCUUCUGUGAGUGAUUCAGGAGAAGUACAAAAAUCUAGAUAUUGGAUGAACAAAGAAUUUCUAGUCAAAGGGAGUGGAAAAAAAACCCUAGAAAUAGCUUGUUUUAUUAAAGCCCCUGCAACUGUUCUGGAGAAUCUGAAGUGUAAUAUACUCAAUGACACUAGUUCCUUGGUGGUGGAUGAUUCUGAGGAGCUGGUCAGCAAUGUCAUCAGUAUGGAAUGUUAUGAUUAUGAAAAACCACUUUUCCCUAUCAACAUUGCAAUCCCUUUUACAUCAUGCUUCAGAGGAAAUUAUUGGGAGAUUAUGGUAAAGGUGACUGAUACCAACUUCCAGUCAAACUACUUAACUCAUAUUUCUUUGCAAGGAUAGCAAGGAAACCAUAAGGAAAGCUUUGCAGAAGUAAAAAUUUAUUAUCUGGGUGUUUUUUCUGUGUUGUCAUGCUUAAAGAAGGAAACAUUUACUGUUCCAAAGGUAGGACUCUAACAAAAGCUGAACGUGGAUUCUAGAAUCUCUCUGUACCAUCCAGAAACAUUCAGUUCUCUGGCACCUAUGCAGUUAAAGAUUCAGCCAACUGAGCCAUCAAUUUCAGCAUUGAAAGCAAGACAUUAUAUGUAUCAUUCAGUGAUAUCUAUGAGUGCACUGGUUCAUGUCCAGCAUCCUUCAUCCCAACCUUUUAAAGCUGUCACUAUUACUCUACCCUGUUCUCCAAACCCAGGCAAAAAAAGGCAAGGAGAUGAGACAGAAGAUGCAAGAGCUAUUAGUGCUAUAGUAAAGAGGGUUGCUGCAGCAUACCAUCCUCAGGCUGUGAGCACUUCUGUGAGAAAAAGUGAGGACAAUCUCAGUGAUACUUUGAAAUUAUUAGGUCAUGGAAACAAAGAAGAGGGGUGGAAGCUGUUUGAUGAUGUUAUUAUCCAGAAUGCACAGAAUGGGCUUAUAUCUUUUGAACUAAAUGAGCAUUUAGAAAGCUUUGUGGUCAUUCACCUUGCAUUCCUUUGGGAAAACAGGUAUCUUCUCCUCUUUUCUCAGGCUCUGGAAGAAGCUCUCCAUAGCCCGAUGGCUAAUGUGAUACUGUAUCAGAAAAGAGAAAACCCAUAUAAAAUAGUAGUUUUGCUGUCUGCAUCCAGAGAAUUGACCAACGAACUUCAAAAUCUUCAUCAGGAGGGUUAUUUUGGUCCCCCAGAACCUACACAGCAGUUCCCAUUAAGACAAGGAGAGCAGAUUCAUUUUAGAUUUAGAGGAAAUAUUUCUGCUUCAGGGAAUGGAGAAGCCUUCAGGAAAGUCUACAAACAUUUUCAUUCACAAAGACAACCAAGGCUGGAGCUCCAAAUUAAAGAAGUGGAUGAAUUUGGUAACCACAGUUCACCUCAUUACAAAGGAACAGCAGUGUUUUAUAAAAUUACCAGAGAAAUGAUACCAAAGAAAUGGGAACAAACCUUACCAUAUGAUGAAUAUCAACACCAGUCUCCACUGUGCAAAUUAGCAUUAACAUUGCCAAAGCAUGAAAAAUUGAUCCUCAUCCAUGAAUCUUACUUCACUAAUUUUUGCCCUUCAGAGGCCCUAUGGGACAAGUUGCUGUUCUGGCUUGCAGAAGAGCUUGCAGAAGAUAAUACAUCAUUGUUUGCUUUAUGUUUAUCUGUUCGAUGGAGCGUGCUUCAGCUUGUUAGGCUGAAGUGCCCUGAUAAUUUAACACACCAGAUGUAUGAGCUGCUUUGCUGCUGCAAAAAGACCCUUCCAAAGUCAGCUGAUAAACAGCAGCUCUUGGCUCGCUAUUUGCAGAAGAGUGGCAGAAGUGAUCUUUCAGAAGAACUUCAUUUAAAGUGGCAAAAUAAGGUGUUCACCUGA